GAAAGAAGAAUGGCUUGAAGAGUUGGCAACUCCUUCUUCUUCUUCGUCGGCUCCAUUAUCAAUCCCUACUUUCUCUCUCCACACAUUCAUUUGAAGAGUUUUCAUUUCCCUGCUCGGAGCGAUGCCGUUGGUGAGAGUCCGUGUGAGGAACGAGUACGCCCUGGGGGCGGCGGAGCUGUACGGGGAGGCGGACAAUGAGGAUCCCAAGGCGGUGCUGGAAGGCGUCGCGGUGGCUGGACUGGUUGGCGUCUUGCGCCAGCUCGGUGAUCUCGUCGAAUUUGCAGCAGAGGUUUUUCAUGGUUUACAGGAGCAAGUAACGAUCACAUCCUCUAGAAGCCGUAAACUGAUAGCUCGUGCUCAGCGGAUUGAAAUUGCACUUCCUUCACUUGAGAAAUCCAUACUAGCACAACGAAGCCAUUUGCAUUUGGCAUAUACAGCUGGUUCCAAUUGGCAUACUCGUUGCCAUCGUGAAGAAAACCAUUUCAUAUACAGUGACUUGCCUAGGUUCCUCAUGGAUUCCUAUGAAGAAUGUCGAGGGCCUCCACGCUUGCACCUAUUAGACAAAUUUGACCCUGGUGGUCCUGGGUCUUGCUUGAAAAGAUAUUCUGAUCCAACUUUCUUUAAGAGAGCUUCAGCUGGGUGUGACGAAGCAUAUCUUGGGAAAGUCCUAAAAGAUAAGAAAGGCCGAAAAAUUAAGAAAAAAAGAUCGCGGCAGAAGAACAGAGAAUUAUCACAUGGUGCAUCAUCAUUCCCCAAUUAUAGUAGCAGAAUGGAAUCGCGAAGGAUUGAUGGACAAACUUCCCCUCCCCAGAUUAUAUCAACUCAAGAAGAAGGUGGUCCUUGCCCAAGCUCUCUGAUGAAACCUGAGGAAGACAAAGCUAGGGAGAUAUCAUCUCCAGUAAAAAGUAACCAUGAUGACUCAUCAGGUUGCCGCUUUUCUGGUGAGAAAAGAGGGGAUGAUUGUGUCGGUAUUUGUUUGUCAAAAGAGAAUGCUGGUCAUAUAUCAUCUCUUGACACAAGGAAAGAGCUGAGACGACCAGAAGAGGAUAAGUCGAGACAGUCAUCCUCAACUGCAUCACAUAUGUACACAAACGGUUCCCUUGAUUCUGUUCAUCCUGAUGAAAAAGGUGGCGAUGCAUAUGGUGAUAUUAGUGAUGGCUAUUCAGAGGAACACAAUGCUGUUACAUGGGAUGGAAAGAGACAAGCUGAAGAGGAGUCAUUGCACACACAAUCUUUUGAUUCUGUUUAUGCAUCUGCCAGUGCAGACGGUUUUUCCUGCCUACUCUCCCAGAUGCUCCCCAAUGAAGACAAAACUAAGGAGAUAGCAUCUCCAUUGAAGAGCGAUCGUGACAGUUCAUCAGAUUUCCGCUUUUCUGAUGAGAAAAGGGAUGAUAAGUGUGUCGGUAUUAGCUUGUUAGAAGUGCAAACCAGCCAUAUACUGUAUCAUGGCUCAAUGGAAAAGCUGAGGCGGGUUGAAGAGGAUAAUUCUAGACAGUCAUCCUCUACUUCAUUACGUGCAUACUCUAAUGGCUCCCUUGAUCUCGUUUGUGUUGAUGAAGUAGCAGGUGAUGUACGUGAUGAUAUUAAUAUUGGAUAUUCAGAGGAACACGAUGUUGUGGCAUGGAAUGGAAAGAGACAACCUGAAGAGGAUGUGCUUAGAUUGUCAUUCCCCAUUCCAUCACAGAUAGAUUCCAAUGGCUCCAUUGAUUACCCUAUUCCUGAUGAAAACUAUGUUGUUAUGUGUGAUGAUAGUAGGAAUGACUUUUCAGAACAUAAUGACUACAUUUUGUAUUCUGUUACUCUGAAGAACAGUGCAAGACCUUCAGAGCUAACACCCAUAGAAUCCAAAUAUUAUCUAUCACAGAAGAGUCAGGAUACUGCUCUUGCUUCCGCAGAUGAAAAUGUUCGGGUUGUAUCUGAUGAAACUGGAAGUGAUCUCUCUAUGAAACAAAUUUGUCCAAGUCAAUCAUGCAGUACUUUAGAUAGAAAGAUGGACACACCAGAAACUACUUUACACGAUUGUAAUGAUAGUGAUGGAUUUUUAGAAACACAUGCUGCAACUGUAGGUGUAGAUACUCAGAUAACUGCUGUUGUUACUCAUGACACUGUUGAGCAAAAAGUUUGGGUUGUACCUGAUGAAACUGGAAGUGAUCUCUCUAUGAAACAAAUUUGUCCAAGUUCAUCUUGCAAUACUUUAGAUAGAAAAAUGGACAUGUCAGAAAAUAUUUCACACAAUUACAAUGAUGGUGAUGAAAUUUCAGAAGCAUAUGCUGCAAAUGUAGGUGCAGAGGCUCAGAUAGCUGCUGAUGUUACUCAUGACAGUGCUGAGCAAAGUCUUUACGCAGUGUCUGAUGAAACUGGUAGUGACCUACUUAUGAAACACAUCUGUCCUAGUUCUUCUUGCAGUACUUUAGAUAGAAAGAUGGACUCAUCGGAAACUGCUUUACACAAGUGGAAUGAUGGUGAUGAAAUUUUAGAAACACAUGCUGCAAAUGUAGCUGAAGAUGCUCAGAUAGCCGCUGAUGUUGGUCUUGACACUGUUCAGCAAAUAGAUUCUCUGUUGGAGAAAAUGGAUCAUAAAGGUUCUAUUGAUUCUGCUUCCAUGUAUGAAAAGGAUUGGGUUGUAUCUGAUGAAAUUGUAAGUGAUAUCUUUCAAAACCAAAGUUUUUCCACUCCAUGUUGUAGUACUCUGGAUAGAAAGAUGGAUUCAUUGCAUAUUAUACAUCCAAUGUGCAAUGAUGAUGAAAAUUUAGAAACAUAUUCGGCAAAUGUAAGUGCAGAUGCUCAUACUACAGCUGCUGUAACUUUAGGUACCAAUGAGCAAAUAGAUUUGCCAUUGGAAAAUGGAAAAACACAUAUGCCCAACUAUGGUGACAUCGUGUUUGAUGAACUUGAGAGUGAAGCAGAUGAUUUUGAGGAUGCACUUAACACUAUUGAUUCUGAGUCAGAAAAUGAUCUAGACCAUCAAAUAAAGAAGCUGGUCGACCAAGACUCUUGUUUGGAUGCUGAAGUAGCCGAGGAUGCUACGCCUGGAACCAUAACUAGCUAUGCUGACAACAUCUCACCUAAUUCCACUUCUGAAGCUGGUGAAAGUGCUGAAGGGAAGGUUACUUGUGGGGAUUAUUCUUAUGCAGUGCCCACUGAAUAUGAUUCUACAGCUUGCUUUUCCUCGGAAAAGUUGACCCAUGAUGAUACUUUCCAUGCAAAUGCCUUAGAAUGUAACACUUGCUUAGAGUCUCCACAAGUAUCUGACAUAACUUCAGAUCCCGGUCUUAAGCGUGAUAUUUUAAAUGAAAAUGGCGAUGCCCUGGUUGCUUCAGACUUAGAAUCAAUUUCCAAGUUAUCCUCAGCUUCUAGGGAGAAUGGCUUGGGGAUAACCAAUAUGGUUGCAUGCUCUUCUGAGCCUUCAAAACCACUCACUGAACCUUCUAGUGUUAUGUCGGACAAGUUCUGGACAAAUGGUUACUUGCUUGGUCUCCAGCCUGCAAAACCUCCUGACAGUGUUCUCAAAGCUGUUACUGGAGUUCUUAUGGGCACUCAAGAUGAUGCAUUUAGCACUCCAGAACAAAAUAAUUGCCCUACGGGGGAAAUGAAUGUCAGAACACCAUGUUUGAAAGAGAAUGGCUCCAAACAAAUUGAAGAAAGUCAACAAUCUAUGAAGUUUUGUGAUGACCACAGCGAUGAUGUCUCAGUGGGCAACAGAUUUUUAAGUUUUUCAUCAGUUGGUUUGGAUGCCAAAAUGGAGAAAUCUAAUCAUUCAAGUUAUCAGAACCAUAUAAAUAGUCCAAUGGGUAGCGGUUUUAAUGAAUCUGAUACAGUGACAUCCAGAACCCUGCUACCUGUUGCUACAAAUUUAGAACGUGUUAGCAUGGGUCACGAGAAUGCCAAUAAUUCCUCUAGGAUACUUUCACUUGGAAAUAGGUUGCUUGCAUAUGGGUUUCACUUUAAAACAUCAUCACUUAGUUCAGAUAACAGUUUUGCCAGCUCCAUGACCUCCAAGCUUUCAGAGCAGAAAGAUUACUAUGAAGAUUUUACUGCUAAAACAUUUUCCGAGAGGACUACAAAUAUUUCUGGAAGUGGAUCUCCAAUGAUGUCUCCCUCUUGGUCACCACCACUUGGCCAUAUGAAAAUAUCUUUCCAGCCUAUUGAUGGACCUCAGACUCAUAAGCUGAAACUCAGAUUUCCCAAUAGGGGCACAGGUGGUGAAAUGUUUCCUUCAUUCCAGCUGGUACCUGAGGCUGCUAUAUCAUUUCAUGACAUUAGUUCAGACUCAGAUGAUGACACAUUUUGCAGAUCAUCUCCGUGUAUGUCGGAUGAUUGUCUCAGUCAUCAGUCGGAAUCUAACUCUGAUCAAUGGGAGUCUGGUGAAUCUUCCAGUAUAAAGGACCAUGAAGUAUAUAAUGCUUUACGUAGAAUCUCAUUGACGGAGUUUACUUCAACAUCAUUUGAAAAUAGGCUGACAACCCAGGAGGAACUACAUCAUGAUAGUGGUGAAGGUCUAAUUCUUUAUCCUGAACACUGUUUCGAACAACCUACUUCUGGUUAUUUCUCUGAUCUCCCUGUUCUGGAUACACUUAGACCUGCAUUGUUGCAAGAAUCGGGGAAUUGUUCCACUGCAACUGCUUGUGUAGAAGGACAAUCCCCAAAAGAGCUUAUACCACCACAUCCGUUCUUCCCACCUCAUAAUUGUCACGCGAUGAAAUCACUGUCAGACGUGAUAGCUGACAAGAAGGAUAGUUUAAUGAAAGGUCAUACUUACACAGCUGAUAAGAAACUUUGGAAUGACCCGCUAAAUCAAGAUAUAGUUAUGGAGCCUGCAUUUGUAUUGAAUGGCAAGGGGUUGGACAUGCAACAGAUAGGUGAGCAGAAAGUAGUUGACCAGGCUGCAAGUUGCAAGGAAAUAGAAGAGAAGGGUGACUUCCUGCACCAGAUCAGAGCAAAGUCAUUUAGUCUCAGGCCAGCCUUUACAAAAAGACCAAACCAUACAACUGGGCUGCCACCAAGUGUGAAUGCAAUUCUAGAGAAGGCAAAUGCAAUCCGUCAGGCUGUUGGAAGUGACAGGGAAGAUGAUGGUUGGAGCGACACGUAAGUCUUAUUCGUGCACGGUGUGACAUCAAUGGCGAAAAUCAGUUCUUUGUAAUUAUAUAUUAAUGAUUUGUAGGCUGUUUGUUGUGUGUGCUGCUGAGGCAUUGUAUUUUUCAUCCUUGUAGUCAAUAUAUAUAUGUGUGUGUG